AUGUGCGGAGUACCUGUGAUGUCAGCAAUCAUGUCGACAUCCGUUUGGUUGCAAGAGGCGUGCUGGUCCGUGCCGCCAGUCCUCCACCAAAAGAAACUGGAAGCGUGUCACAAUCGAGCAUGCCUCUCAAGGUUGGUCUUCGCAUUUAAGGCGGUGCUCCAAAAGUUGAACAGAGUCUUCAACUUGGAUUGGCUCCUCUAUGCCCUGCUGCACACUGGGGAGAUGGUGUUGCAGUGCAAUGAAGGCGUUCUUGCUGUGCACCAUGCAGGGCGGUCCCCUGGAGAUGCGGGGUUUUUGAAGGUCGAAUGCAAUGGGGGUCUGAAUCAGAAACGGGCAGCGAUUGCUGAUGCUGUUGCGGUUGCGUGGCUAAUGAACCGGACCCUGGUGGUACCGGUUCUCGAGACUGAUCAGUACUGGGGGGACGAAAGUGGCUUCAAUUCCAUCUUCAACGAGACCCACUUCAUCGAACGUCUCUCAAGCAUCGUACCCAUCGUACGGGAAGCGGAGCUGCCCGCCAAUCUAACCACGUUCAGAAGGCUGGCAAAGACCCGGGGUGACGUGGCGUUCUAUCAUUGGCUGGCCGGUAGAUCCAAGAACGUGGGCCUGCUCGUAUUGGAGAAAUUCUCCCACAAGCUGAGCUACCGGGAUGAGCACGUGUCGCGAGAAGUACAGAGGAUACGAUGCUUCGCGAACCUGGAAGCGCUGAAAUUUACUGAUUCGAUCGAGGCCACGGGGCGCAAGAUCGUGCGCAAGCUGCGCAGCGCGCGCGGGUCGUACGUCGCUGUGCACCUGCGCUUCGAGCAGGAUAUGCUCGCGCACGCCAAGUGCGACUUCGAGGGGACGCGCGCGGAGAGGCGCGAGCUGGAGGAAAUGCGCGAGGAGUUCUGGCCGUACCGCAAUCACCGCGACAACGACACCAUCGAGGGGAACCGGGGGGCGGGUCGGUGCCCCCUCAGCCCGGAAGAGGUCGGCCGGUUGCUGAACCUUUUAGGCUUCCCCCGGAGCACGACUGUGUACGUUGCGAGCGGCCCGGUUUACAAACCCGAGAAAAGUAUGCCCGGUUUGACGAAGUUUUUCCCGAACCUGGUUCGGUUAACCAACUCCCAGAAACCGGGGACGUCGUCAUUAAACAUAACGAGUCUGCUGGAGUACGAGGAGCGGAAACGGUUCGGCUCGCACGCGGACCAGCUCGCCGCCCUAGAUUAUCUCGUGUGCGCGCACGCUGACGUGUUCAUGCCGUCAUUCACCGGCAACAUGGAUUUCCUGCUCGAGGGGGAGCGGCGGUAUGCAGGUUUCCGAACAACCAUCAUACCAAACCGGCCGCGGUUGGCGGGUAUCUUGGCAGAAACCGGGUUGAGUUUCGGGGAGGCGCAGAAACGGGUUUACGAGGUUCAUCCCCCGGUUCAAAGGUUUGGGUUUGAGCCCCGGUUAGGGUCGGAGCUAGGGGCCGUCCUCAGGCACCGGCACUCCGUGUUCUCCCACCCGCUACCGGAGUGUCUUUGCGUCAAGGGAAAAUUGCUCCCAGACGAAGCGUAUGCUGCUGCACUGGCCGAGUUCUGA